AUGGUAAAUAGUAUUCUCCGCAAAGUUCUUGGAAGAUCGUGUCUCACAUAUGAGGAGAUGAGUACUGUAUUAUGCGAUUGUGAACUUACUCUAAACUCUCGACCUUUAACGUAUGUUUCGGACGAUUCAAAUGAUUUAAAAACACUCACUCCUACAAUGUUUCUACACGACUUUAAAGAAUCGGAGACUCCUGAUCUUGACAUACUCAAUAAGGUUGAUUUGAAUUCUAGAUUUAAACAAAUUGAAAAUAAUACAAGCGAAGUUCAGGCUUUACACGAAAAAGUGAUAGAAAAAGUAGUUGUCAGAGAAAUAGAUGAUAAAUCGAAUUGUAAACCUACUGAAUGUGAAGUUGAAAAAGAGCACCGUGAAAUGUCGUACCAUUAUCACUGUACAAGUGUGCAGGUCUUCCUCGCCUUGUGGAAAAUUGCUAAAAGGCGGCGAGAAAACCGGCAGAUGAAUAAUCAGAAACGAGUUUUAAAUGGACAGCUCGUGCACAACGACAGACGAAAAGCGCAACAUCAGAUACAAGGAACAGUGGACACUAGUGGAGGAUUUGGAUCACAUGGUGAACUUGGGAUAGGUGGAUCUAUAUCAGGCGGAGGAAGCAUAAGUAUUGGAGGAGGAGGAGGUGGAGGAGGAUUAGGCAUCGGUAUUGGAGGAGCAGGGGAAGCUCAAGGACAAGGAGGAGAUGGAUCUGGAGGCGGUCAUGGUUCUGGAAAAUGUAAAGGAUCUGGAGGUGGUAAUAGCUCUGGAGACGGUCAUGGAUCUGGACAAGGUGAAGGAUCUGGUGACGGUCAGGGAUCUGGAGGAGGUCAUGGCUCUGGAAAAGGUUAUGGAUCUGGAAAAGGUAGCGGAUUUGGAGAAGGUCAUGGGUCUGGAGAUGGUCAUGGAUCUGGACAAGGUGGAGGAUCUGGUGACGGUCAGGGAUUUGGUGGAGGUCAUGGCUCUGGAAAAGGUCAUGGAUCUGGAAAGGGUAACGGAUUUGGAGAAGGCCAUGGCUCUGGAGAAGGUCAUGGAUCUGGACAAGGUGGAGGAUCUGGUGACGGUCAGGGAUCUGGCGGAGGUCAUGGAUUUGGAGAAGGCCAUGGCUCUGGAGAAGGUCAUGGAUCUGGACAAGGUGGAGGAUCUGGUGAUGGUCAGGGAUUUGGCGGAGGUCAUGGCUCUGGAAAAGGUCAUGGAUCUGGAAAAGGUAACGGAUUUGGAGAAGGCUAUGGCUCUGGAGAAGGUCAUGGAUCUGGACAAGGUGGAGGAUCUGGUGACGGUCAGGGAUAUGGUGGCGGUCAUGGCUCUGGAAAAGGUCAUGGAUCUGGAAAAGGUAACGGAUUUGGAGAAGGCCAUGGCUCUGGAGAAGGUCAUGGAUCUGGACAAGGUCAUGGAUCUGGAAAAGGUCAGGGAUCUGGAGGAGGUCAUGGAUCUGGACAAGGUAAAGGAUCUGGAGCAGGUAACGGAUCUGGAGGAGGUAACGGAUAUGGAGGAGGUAACGGAUAUGGAGGAGGUCAAGGAGGAGGAGGUGGUGGUGGAGGAGGAGGAGGUGGUGGAGGAGGUGGUGGAGGAGGAGGAGGAGGUGGCGGAGGUGGAGGAGGUGAAGGAUCUGGAGGAUUAGGUGGUGGAUUUGGAAUAGGUGGAGGAUUUGGUGUCGGUGUAGGAGUUGGAGGAGGUGUAGGUAUAGGAUCUGGAGGAGGUAGACGUUGA